AUGUCAUGUUAUCCAACAAAGAAGCCAUCCUCACUGACGAUGACAGAAAGUUUUGCGCAAUCGGACUAUCCCGAAAAUCUUCAUCUAGAAGACACAUAUUCAAAUUCAGCUUCCAAUAACAAUACUAAUCAUCAUAACAGAAGACAAAAACGUCGUCCAAUGCAAACAAGUUCACAAGAUGCUCGAUACAGUCAUCGUUCGUACCAACAACAACAACACCAGCAGCAGUCCUGGUAUCCACCGAAUGCAUAUUAUGAACAGCAAUAUUAUAGUCCACAAUCGGCACGCGCCGGUGGACAUUUUAACCACCCUUAUCAGCAUCAUUAUCAACCGCAGCCACAAUAUCGAAGAGGUCAGCAGCGACAUGCCGCACCAUCAAGACAAGUAAAUCAACAAGUGACUAAUCGUCCAUCUAGUCAUCAUGCAUCAGGACGAACCACAGGUGAAGUUGAAAAUCUCCGCUCGACAUUAAUCGAACAAUUAUUGGAAAACACUUAUGAAUGUAUGAUAUGUAUUAUCAAAAUUAACCGAGACGAAGAAAUAUGGUCGUGCGAUGUUUGUUAUAAAAUGUUUCAUUUGACUUGUAUUAGAAAAUGGGCUAAUUCUGAAGAAAGUGGUACCGAUAAAAACUGGCGUUGUCCAGGUUGUCAAUAUUCUUACUCGAGCCAUCCAAAUUAUAAAUGCUUUUGUCAUAAACGUACAAAUCCCGUUUUUCAACCUGGUGAAAUUCCUCAUUCAUGUGGUGAGCGAUGUGCAAAGCGAUUGAAUACAAAAUCAAAUGAUUGCAACCAUCAUUGCACCGAACUUUGUCAUCCAGGUCCAUGUCCAACAUGUACAACGAUGAUUAAACGUUCGUGCUUAUGUGGACGCGAAUCUCAAACAAUUAUGUGUAGUUCAAGUUCUCUCAUAAAAUGUGAAAAUAAAUGUGGUAAACUCAAAUCUUGUCAGCACCAUUACUGUGAAUUGGUUUGCCAUCCACGUGAAUGUGAACCAUGCGAUCAUUUAGUCAAACAAGUUUGUUCAUCGCAUGGUACCGAACGAGAAGUUUCAUGUACGGCUGAAACAGGCGAUAGAAACCACUACACAUGCGGGGAAAUAUGCGACAAAUCACUUGAAUGUGGACAGCAUCGAUGUACAAAAAUGUGCCAUGAUGGGCCAUGUGUAGAUUGUUUGUUUCUGCCUGAAAAUUGUAAAACAUGUGCCUGUGGAAAAACAGCGAUGGAUAAUCAACAACGAACGUCAUGUAUCGAUCCAUUACCAACUUGUGACAAGCCAUGUGACAAAAUUCUUUCUUGUGGUCCGAUUGGUGAUCGUCAUCGAUGCUCAGCUCAAUGUCAUAAUGGACCAUGUCCGCCAUGUAAAAAAGAAUCUACUCUUCAGUGUCGUUGUGGACAACUUAGUAAAUCAACAACGUGUAUCGAAGCAGUACAAUACGAUCCAAUCAAAAAUCCAUUCUGUUGUGAACGACGAUGUAAUCGUAAAAAAUUAUGCGGAAAGCAUCGAUGUAACGAACUAUGCUGCGAUCGUGAUAUUCAUGUUUGUGAACUUGUCUGCGGUAAAACUCUUAAUUGUGGUAUUCACACAUGCGAAGAAUUAUGCCAUAAAAAUCCGUGUCGUAAAUGUCCAAUAAAUAUCUAUGAUGAAUUAUCUUGUCGGUGUGGACAAACUGUACUUCAACCACCGAUUGAAUGCGGCACAAAACCGCCAAUAUGUAAUUAUAAAUGUAAUCGCACACAUGCAUGUGAUCAUCCAGUCUACCACAGUUGUCACAACGAUAAUGAAUGUCCGCCAUGUACACAUCUUGUGUCAAAGAUGUGUGUCGGAGAGCACACUCUACGUAACAAUGUUCCUUGCCAUUUAAAAGAAGUCUUAUGCGGUCUACCAUGUGGUAAACCGCUUUCAUGCGGUGUUCAUACAUGUCAGCGUGCUUGCCAUUCUGGCCCAUGUCAAGCAAACGAUCAGAAAUGCACCCAGCUUUGUUCCAUCAAGCGGCGUGAAUGUGGUCAUCCUUGCAAUCUCCAAUGCCAUGGACGCGAGCCGUGCCCAUCGACAACUUGUCGAGAAAAGGUUGAAGUUCGUUGCCCAUGUGGUCGAUUAGUGAAAGAUGUUGUAUGUAACAUAAAGUCCAAUAAAGCUAGCGAGGACAAAGAUGAUGCUGCUUUGACCCAAUCACUCGUUCAAGCACUAUCUGUGCGAACGAUAGAUUUAUCAUUGGCAAGAAAACAACAACCCGCACAGCCAGCACCGCUUGAAUGCGAUGAUGAUUGUCGCGUUAUACAACGAAAUAAGAAUUUAGCACAAGCAUUGUCGAUCAAUACCGAAGAACCACGACAAUCGACCGUUGUUUACACAGACUUCUUACGUGAUUAUGCGAAGAAAAAUUUAGAUUUCGUUCAGGGCGUCGAACGACAACUUGGUCAACUUGUUGAAGAAACUCAACGGCAUCGUGUUUCAAAGCGAUGUUACUCAUUCAAACCUAUGAAAAUCAACGAACGCCAUGUUGUUCACGAAUUAGCUUCAUUCUAUGGCUUAGAAACACAUUCCAUGGAUCCGGAGCCGCAUCGCAAUGUUGUCGCAUAUGCAUCCUAUGGUGUAUGCAAAAUUCCAAUCACUCUACUGAGUAAUACGAUAAAACGAGAGAAAUCGAGAAUACCACCUCCUGUUACAUCAAUAUAA